AUGGCAGCGAAGCGUAGCGGAUCAGCUGGUGCGAGUCCUAUACAACUUUUGCAACCGUUGGAACCAAAUAAGAAAUAUAUUAAAAGGAUGAAGACCUUAGCGAAGAAACGAGAGGCUGCCGCGGAAGAGGAAAGGCGCCAUAACAAAAGGUUGAGAAUGAAUGACAAGAAAAGGAAACAAGCGUCGGAACGUGCCCACGGGAAAGGGGGCAAGAAGGCGAUUUUGACUGAAAAGGGAAGGAAACCCGUCAAGGGUUCCACAAAAAAAUCAGAGCGAAAGCCCGUUAAGGAAAAAGCAGGCCAAAAGAAAGAUAAAAAGGUGGCGGUUGCCUUACCAAACAAAAAAAAGGUGGAAAGACUGAGAGAUAUCAGCGUCCCAUUUGAAUUGCCGCCACCAUCGCAAGAAGAAAUAGACAAACAACUCCUUCAAAGGGUUAUUGGUGGUGAGGACGGUAAGCGUGAUUCAACCAGCGCUGAUGCACCCGGAGGCGGUGGGUUUAACUCUCCACAUCUUCCUUUCCUCGAUGAUUACGCGCAGCAGAAGCGCAGUGAGAUUGUGGAAGCGGAUGGACUUCUGCAAAAGGCCCAUUCAUAUUUUAAGGAUCUCAGUAAGAGGGAAUGUCAACUAAGGCGUGCUGCAGCUAAGCGACUACGAGAGUUGAAGGAAAUCAACAAGCGCGGGGGUGAUAAGGACGGAUUCCGCUAUGUUGUCCCGCGUAAUGUGAGCGAGGUUGUACGCCAAAUGACGCAAGGCGCUGAUGUGGAUCCAACACAGUUAGUUUCGACUUUUGGUGCUGAGGAUGACAAGCUACGAAGUCAGGAGGAACAUCUUCAUGAAGCCUCCGACCGACCAAUGCAUCGCCGAAAGCGGAAAAACCCGUGUUAUUCGGAUUUCUAUCAGUUUCAGGUAAGCAAGCGGUGGACGCGGAAUGCAGAAAGGUUCCUCGAAAAGGGUCGUGCUCACAAGUCAAUGUUUGAGGCUUCAAAGCAACGGCGUUCACUUAAAAAGUUCUAG